CAGUUUGUGGGAUCCCUUCUUCAGCGCCGGGUCGAUGAUCAACUUGUAACUUCUCCAGUGGUGACUCCGCUUCUCCGCCGAGCCGCAGACGGGAUGACUGUCCAUGCCGUUCGCCAAACCUGAAAUGACGGGCAGCGACAAGGAGAGAGGUGCUACGGUGAGGCAAGGCUAAACACGGUCCCGUUACCAGCCCCCAACACUUUACAACAGCCGAACGCUACAGAUGCAUGACUUUGGUGGUCAAAGGGAGACCCAAGUGAGAGGGAAAUCGGGAUCUAGUGUAGAUCCCAGUUACGGAACACAGGCUUUAGGAGGGUUGGAGAAAGAGGAAAAAAAGAACAAGCUUACUUGAACUCUGCUUUCUGCCAUGGUCUUCGUUCAAUCUGUUUCUCUCCCCUGGCUUGGACAUGUUUUGUCCGAUCGAGUGAUUUUCCUUUAAUUGAUGAAAAGACGAAAUCGCUCUCCUUUCGCCGCUUACAUUACAUGAUUUUGCUUGAAGAAUACUGCCUCCUUUUCGGCGAGAGCCAACACAUAUUGUGUGCCUCUGGUCUGUAGCUUCUGUCUCUCCCACAAUACACCGCCAGGCUUGCCCACCUCGUCAGCUAGCCGCACUUUCGUUACAAAUUUAUGUGUAUUACCAACGGUAAUUACACCGUACGGCUGCUUCACAUGAAGUUGCUGGGAUUUGUGUCGGCAACGGUAUUCGUAAGCAUGCGUUAUAAUAUCGAAGUCUUAAUAACGGCCGUUUUGUCGAUGUAUCGCUAAUCCAUUUUGUGUUGAAUCUGCUGAUUGUAUUUACCUAAACGGCAAACACAAGAGAGGCACAGGGGAACAUCUUCAUAAAAGCUAAUAAAUACGAGUUCGUCGAAGGCUAAUGUACCAAAUCUAACCGUUACGGGUUUUAUUUAAAAAACGGAUAAGGAGCUAUCGGUAGAGCUCGUUGUUUACUCCGAGUGAGAAAUAUUUAACAAAUUUUUAUUCGAAAAUAGAGUUACCAGGAGUUAAUUGACGGGAUUUUAAGCUUGUGUCGAGCUGACUCAGACUUGUCUGUUAAAAUAAUUUUUUGGAGAAGUGUAUUUUGUCGAACAAACUGGAUAUUGUUUGACAUUGCCUGGUGUUUUGCAGUGCUCGGGCAAUUGGCUGGUUAACAGCGGCAGCUCGGCGGGCCAAUCAGAGCGCAGCAGCAGAGGAGCUGUCUGCUAUUAGAAGCAGGGCUCAGGAGUCCUUCAACAGAGAGCAGAGAGAGGGGGCUGAGCGCUCUCGGCAGCCAUUUUCCUAAAAACAGGACUCAAUGGCCUAUAUGGGUUUCCUUUGUUCCAAAAGGGAUCUUACACUUGAUUUCCUCAUCUCUCAUGGACUAUGAUAAAACUAUGAUUCCUCCUUUCAAAGGAUUGAGAAGAAGGAAGAGAAUGUACUGGAUGUAAUACCCUGUGACAUUUUGAGCCUUUUUUCCUCUGCCUGGAAUCCAUCUUUGUCCUAACUAGGUCAUGGCACACCCAUAUAACAGUAUUUAUAAUUAUUGAGCAAAAAAAGAAAUCAAGUGUUUUAAAUAAACAGCAUUAUGGUUUUUGAGAUGUGAGACUAAAGAGAAAAAAACACAGUGACAAUGUGUAAUGGCUGGUUGUUGGCAUUGCACUUAUGGCCUUGUAGGAUAGGAGUAGCAAUGAGUAAGUUCAACUCUUUUAUCAUUUUUAAAAUUUUGGUAAUUUAUCUAUGUAAAUGUGAGGCAUGCUAAUACUGUAAGUAAAAUUAUUUUUUGUCAUUUCAUCUACUGAGCUAUCAAUUUAUUUACAGAAAUGUUGGCACCUGUAAUAUAUAGUCAAUAUAUUUAACAUGUUCACUGGCAUGCUGACAUUAAACAUAAAUCUUACAGCACAUAUUUGAGCUUAUUCCUUAAAUGACAGAAAGCAGGCCAUUUAUAACUAAUGGCCCUUUGUUAACAAGAUUAUUAUACUGCUAGUAGUUUUGACUGUUGAUUGAUAACCCUUUGUCUUUGAUUAAUGACUUUAAACAUGUCCUCUCACUUCAGCAACGUUUAACACCCCUGUGGCUUGUGCUUGUACCCCACCUACAGCCGUGGAGACAACCUCAGUGCUGACCAUUUGCCAUUUAAGAACCAAAUGCGUCCAAAGUGUUAAAGUCUGGCUUGACCUUGCUUCGAGGGGACAUUUAAAUAUCUACAUAAUCCCAGCCAGGUGGCCUUUUAGCAUUUUUUAAACAAACAAAAAUAAGAUCGUCACACCUAAAAGGAAACAGAUGGAGGGAAUACUCCUCUUAAAAAUAUUUACCUCAGCACUGUGAAAUGCAGUUAACAGGCCUAAACGCAGGGGCAGGAGGACUGUUUUCAGCUCCAUCUUCGGAUCCUCUAAUAUUGGCAUUAAUAAGGGGUGGGAAAGCGUCUCCUGCAAAGGAAGGAAUCCAUUAGCACGAAAGAUUGAGCUCUUUUGAAAACUUUUUUGAGCAGUGGCAGCAGGCAUUGCUUCUCAGCCAGCGAAUAUGCAUCUUCAAGCAUCAUCUGUGUGGGCAAUAUGCAAACCAUCUCCUCUCUCUCCUUCAAGACAGGAUUGCAGUCAAGUAUAACGUCUUCAAUUUCGACAUUUUUUUAACUGAGCAACAUCAUAUGUAAGCCAAAGGAUAUUUAUCGAAAGGUAAUGGAUUUUUAGAUGUUUCAUUGUAUUUUAUUUGAGUCAGCCUAUGCGUCUACGUGUCAGUAUCUAAAAAUAAGCAGACAACAAGGACGACAGUUAAUCGUGGUUAAAACGUUUUCAACAAGAGAAGCUUAUUGACUGCCUUUAAAAUAAACUUAAACCCAAAGUUUUUAAUAUUGCAAACUUACAGUUCGUAUUGAAAACAUGUAAUCCAACUAUUUAACGAGGAAAGAAAUCAUAUGGGGACAGAUCUUGUAUAUUUCACUGCCUCCCUUUGCCAGGACAGACCUUUUGGUGUAAGAGCUACUCUUGUACUGUGGUUUCUCUGCUGUUCUCCUGUCUCAAAAUGGCUUCUUUACAGACAAAGGGGAGCAGUGUGCUGCUGUAUAAUGUUGCUGCGCCAUGACUGGGUGAGGCUCUUUCACUCGGAGACAGGAUAUUUGUUUUUCUGGUUUUUUUUUUUCGGAGGACGUUUCUGAUGAUUCACCUGGCAGUCCUUCCAACGAUCGACUUAGGGCAGAUUGUCUCGGAUUUUGUAUGUUUUAUAAGAGGUAGAUAAAAAGAAAAAACAGUCGACGGUGCCUGUGUGGAGGGAAGAAACGCUGACAGGGUUGCGUAUUCAGGUUGUCAGUUGCUAGGCUGACUCGCCCCUAACGACGGCAGUAAUCCGAGAGCUCUGGCCGUUUGCCAUGAACGCUCGAGCAUGUUGCUGCAUCCCCCACACUGCCAUAUAAGGUCAUGAGGAAUCGGCACGAGCCCUGGUAGUCUGUAUCUAGGCGAAAAUUAAAGAAGGGGGUGCGGAAUUUUGCGCGCGCUCUCUUGCCUAAUACUGGAAAAACGGCGGAUGUUUUCUCACUCUUAAAAUCUGAAAACACCAACUUUUAUGUUUUUAAGGGAUGGGGGUUGGAAAUGGGGGAGGGGGAGCGUGUGUGUAGAGUGUGAGAAGGCAGUUGGUGUGUCAGGCCUGUUAGUCCUGUUAUCCACUCCGAGCUCAGCUUGCCAAGGGCGCGCACUCCUUCAAUAGCUGGUCACGAGGCUGUAAACAACAUUCCUCUCUCUCUGACUGCAGCCCUCCUUUAUGGAAAACCACUCUUAGUUUAACCGAGAGAGUUCUAUGUGUGUAAGAAAAUAUGCAGUUCUUACAUUUUAAUCUCACUAAAAAAAAAAAAAAAAAAAAAAAAAAAAAAAAAAGCUGGUGGGUUGCGCCAUUCAGUUUUGCGCGCGGCUGACAGGCUACUGGAACAUUCCACACAGAGGAUUGGCCUCUCUUCAUCCGGACAGCUGUCUCUCUCUUUCUCUCUACACGACGAAAAACUAUUUUUGGCAAAUGUUCUUUGCUUAUUAACUGAUCAAAAUGGGCUAUACACUGAUGGACAUUUCUUACACUCGCAGGAUAAUUUAAUAUCCUUUUAUAGGUAACCUUAUUUUAAAUCUAGGGCUUGCUGGCAGUUUCACCUUUUAAGUAAAAGAUAAAAGAUAAAACACUCUUAAUAGCCGACUGAACAAAACCUUUUUCGGCUUUUGCAGCGCCAUACGGUAUUGUGGAAGCAUACAGCACGGUUUGUCUAUUCAUGUGGAGCCAGAGUAAUCUGGCAAACUGCAACAUGACAUUUUCUCUCUGUCUCUCUCUGUAUGUCCAGGCUGAAGGAUUGCUCAGAGGAUUAAUCCAGGUUUCCUUAUGGCUUUGUAUUUAUUGAUUAUUUAUAUUGGCUAAUCCAAGGAUUCCUCAAGCAGUUUGGUGGUACUGUACUUUAUUGGUUUUUCUCCUCUCUUACUCAGAUAUUUGCAUGUCAGUAGGUUUAUUAACAGUGUAAUAUUUCAUUGCUGUUUAGUCACUAUCAGUUGGAAAAAUCUGUUGUCAUACAUUUCAAUAAAUAGUAUAUACAUACAUUUUAUGGUUCAUUAUUGUGGAAACUUGAGUUAGUCAUUAUGUUAUGUUGAUGGACUUGUGUGGCAAUAUUUUAACCUUAUCUACAUUUGAAGCCCACAUUCAAACAUCACUGUAGCCUCCCAUAACACUUAAAAUACACAUAAGUGUUAGUCAUGGUGGUGGAUGGCUGAGCCAUUUCCUUCAAAGGAAAAUCUGCUUGUUCCCGUUUCAACCUUCCUUCUGCAUAUUUACCUACAACUGACUAUCUUCAUCCAACAUUCAUUCAACAUGUUCAAAUUUGACUAUAAGCUUAAAUUGGUCUGAGUUUAACUGUCUGUGGAAAUGUGAGAACCUUUCAGAGCUUACAGUAAAACAUUAAAAUACUAUGUUUUGUGUAUGAUGUGUUUGUUAUUCUCUAUGAUGUGCUCUCUCUUGACAACGGUGUUAAUCCACCUACACCAGGUUCCUAUAUUUAUCACUGAAAUGAGAUACAUUACCAGGUCUGAAAAAUCCUUUUAUUGCAUACAUCCAUGAAGAUUCCUGUUCAUUCAGGUCUAGUAGUGAUUCAAAGGUAAAUGGACGGGACAUAAAAGACUUCAAGCUGCUUCUCUCACUAUCCAACCCUGAUUUUAACACAAACAAGCAAUUCUCACUGUGCAGCCGUCUGCCUCCUACACCCGCAGCUUCAUAGUUAAAAACAGCACAUACAGGUUUUUUACCUCAUGAAAGCUACAACGUGCCCCCUUUUAUCAGCUCUUGUCAUUUUAUUUUUGUCAAUUUAUUGACUUUGUGGCUUUGUAAGAUAUCACUUCACCCACGAAUAUGAGAGAAAAUGGUUAGUUCAUCACGCCCAAUCUGUGAUGUCACUGGUGUGUUCAGCCAAACAGACUGAACAGAGAGGUAUGACUGACAUCCUGCAUGUGAAAAUCCCUGGGGAUAGAAAAUGAUCACAUUAAAGGGGAAUAAACAAGAGUCCUAUCUAUACUGAAAUCCCAAGAAAGGGAUACUAAUGUUAGGAUUUAAAUUUCACUGGUUGCAGCAUCGUGCAAGGUUUUUUAAGGGCCUUUAAGAUCAAAUAAUUAAAACAAAAAUUUUGAUUUACUGCGAUUUUAGUAUGAAAGCUAUCUGUCGUGUUGAUUUAAACAUCUAUGACUGACAAUAAAAGUGUGUGAAAGCUCAAAAGGAUGCUUUUUUUUAAAGAGGGUUUACAGAAAAGCAUGUCCCAUAAUGUAAAAAGUUGUCAUUUUAGUAAAAGGUUAAAUGCACAUGUAAACAAGUAUCUUCCCCGUUCACUGCCAUCAGGGCAUCUCCAGAACACACAUGCAUGACUUCAAAGAUAUAAAUCUAAAAAAAAGUCCCACAGUGCAUGUUGACUAAAACUGUUUGACAGUGGAGGCUGAGAAUUUUCAAUACAGGAAGUGAAGCAGCAGACAGACUUGAACGCUCCACAUCUGCGGCUUUAUUCUCACUCAGAGCAGCCUUUAGUUAGCAGGCUUCUGAUAGGACAAGGAGGGGAGACGAAGUGUAGGGAUGUUUUAAUAGAAACAGCAUCAAUGUGACAGGAACAGGAAGCGGUGAAUGAAUCGACUUACCUGGUAAAACAUGAGGCUUGUCUGCUCCUCUUUUUUCACUCCGCUUGUAAAUCAUCUCAGCUGUUCCAUAUUUAGACUCCGCAGCCUUCAUCAUGAAUUUAACUUGAAUCUAAAAGGAAUAUUUUCAGACUCUUCCUGCGGGGCACCUGUUUGAUGGUGUUGAAGCAAAAAAAAAAUGACACAAAACGGUACUGUGACUGGUGAUGGUCCAAAAAGAAAAGGAGAAGAACUGAAAAUUGUGAUAGUGGGAGAUGGAGGCUGUGGGAAAACAUCACUUCUGAUGGUCUAUGCUAAAGGUGAUUUUCCAGAGGUAAGAACUCUUGUCAUUAAAAUAACCUUAUUACUUCGAUAUAUUGUAAUUUAUUUGUACAGUACUAUAACUCUGGAGAUGUCCUUCAAAUAUAUGAUACUUUGAUUAAUCCAAAUGACAGUGUUCGUUCACAACCCUGAAGCUGAAAAAAUGUUGUUGUUUCAUUAAAUGGACAUCUUCCUCCUGUGUUUUAAAAACAGAAAUAUGCGCCAUCAGUGUUUGAGAAAUAUAACACCACUAUCUCCCUCGGAGGGAAAGAGAUAAAGCUCAACCUGUACGACACAGCUGGUAAGACUGUCUGAUAAGAAUCACUUCCAUGUUGAAUAUACUAGUUUUAUUUCACUGUAUGUUGUGAGAAAUUAAGGUUUGGAAAAUGAGACAUACUAUAGCUACUGAAUGGAAUAUAGCAGCUUUAGCUAUAUAGACCACACUGACUUAGAGGUCCAUACAGCUGAUCAAUUCACUUUACUAUAUACCAACACUUCAGAAACCUAGGUUUAGGCGUACACCCAUUGUUUUUUUCCCUUCUCACACUGACAGAGGAAGUGCUUAAGGGUCAUUAUCAUCAUGUUUUUAGGAACUGAUCAACUUUUAGCAUUUAAAUAACUUCCAACUAUCAUACAAGGCCUUAACUUUACCGGCAGGUACAGUGACACAGACGACUUUUAUCUUCCUAAAUCAGAACGGAGAAAACAAAAUUUAGUAUAAUCUCCAUGUUCCUAUAAAAAUGAACAUUUAUUUACUUUCAUUGUGACUACAAAUUGUACAUAGACCACAGACUAAUAUUAAGAUUAGACAAUUUAGAUGUUUUUUUCAUAGCUGACAUUAUUCUGAGGAAACUUAAUGAUCACUCCAUCAGUCACUUUCAAAUCUAAAACAGAAUUAUAAGAUAGUAUAAUAAAGAUUAAUACUCAAGUAUUGAUUAAAAUGUGUCCAGAAAGCACUGUGCAGUGAAAGUAAUUGAGCAGAUUCUCAGUCAGUGGGUCUCUAAUUUCUGAUAUUUGUUUUAGGAGUUAAUUUUGAUUAAAAAGUGAAAUUAUUUUUUGAAGGAAAAUUUGUUUAAAUUUAGUACAUGAGGCUAAAGAAAAUUCUUCUUUCUGUUAAAUAUUGGUACAAAAAUCAAGGUGUUUGUUACGUAAAAUAUCAGGCUAGAAAAUCCACCAAAGACCAUUUUCAGGAAAACCCAUCACAGACUGGGCUGGCAGCUUAUCUUGUGCACACUUGCAGCAUGGUGCGUUACAUCAGAGGAAGAGGAAGCUCGAGCCAGGAUGUGGUUUUAAACACUGACACCAACUCUGAGGCAUACGUCUAAUCUUCGUGCUCACAAUUUCCCUCCCAAAACUCAGCACUUUUGAACAUUUCUAUUGGCCAUUUACACACAAGGACCAUAUACAAUUUCACUAAAUUAUGUUAAUCAUCUUAAUCAUAUAUAUAUAUAUAUAUAUUUUAACCUUUAUUCUUUCAGGACAGGAGGACUAUGACAGACUGCGGCCCCUGUCAUACCAAGAAGCUAAUCUGGUCUUAGUCUGCUUUGAUGUGACUAACCCCACCAGCUUUGAGAAUGUCAUGAUAAAGGUAAUCUGCCUGCAUGCCAAGUUAAACAGAUCUAAUGAGACAGGAAUUUCAGCGCUGAACCGGAGCUGCAGUUUUACCACACAUACACACACACUUUGUAAAUGAUUGUUAGAGGCUGGUAUGUUGGUGUUGGCAGCAUUCUUUUUAACUAUGAUUAACUCAUGCAUCUGGGCCUGCAUGUGGACAUUGACCCUUGUUAAAGUGUGCAAAUAGACAUCGUACGAAUAGUGUUUAAAUGGUGGGGCAAACACAGUAUAGUGAUGAAAAAGAGCAGACAGAAAUGCAACAGCUCCUCAUUUUCUGUUUUUGUUCACUCAGUGGUAUCCCGAGGUGAAGCACUUCUGCAGGGACACACCGGUUAUCCUGAUUGGCUGUAAAACUGACCUCAGGAAGGACAAAGAGUGUACGAGGAAGCUCAAGGCCAUGAAUCUGGCCCCCAUAACUUAUAUGCAGGUAAAGCAACAAGAAGUGUGGACAAAAGUCAUUGUGUAAAAAAUAGGCCCUCGAGGCUGCAGCGUGCAAAAGGAAGCACCCAAACCAGAGCCUGAAACCACAUCAACUGCACUUCAGUUUGAAUGUAUUAACAGAUCUCUGUCAAACCUUUGUUAACUUAACCUUUAAAACAUUGCUCCCUGUGCUGCUGCCUAUCAGGAUACCCUUGAAAAGGAUAGAUGAUGGUUUUUUUACCCUGAAAGAAGUUCAUUCUUGGCAGUCAGGUUGUUUUUUUUUGUUGUUGUUGUUUAGGGUGAGGAGACCAGACAGCAGAUGAAUGCGGAGCUCUACCUGGAGUGUUCGGCAAAGUAUCAGGAGAACGUGGACGACAUUUUCAGAGAGGCCACCAAAAUGACUCUGGCCUUCAAUCGAAAACAGAGAAACCACAAAAAGAAAAAGAAAUGUGUCAUUUUGUGAGGUGAAAAAGAACAAGGGCCCAAGAACCAAGUGGGGCAUAGGUGGGCAUUCAGAAACAAAAGGAGUCUAGGUGUUAUGGACUGAUCUGGAAACAGCUGUGUGGUCCAGAAAGCACUUUUAAGCCCUGCUACAUCAGGGCCCUGGAAAACAUUUAUGAAGAGGCUGCUUCUCUUGAUAAUGAUGCUUCUUUAUGACAGUUUCGAGAAUGGCUGAAGUUUCAUUUAACUUAAAAUGACUUUAGAAAUUGUUUUACGGUAUGUAAAAAAUAUUGUAUUAGUAUUUCAUAUGGAGUUUUUUUUACUGUUACUUUUAUAUUUUUUAUAUUUGAAAUGCAUCUUCUUGAAAGAUCAAGCAAUAUACAAUAAAAUGCUACUGUAGCUUUAAAAGUCUUGGAAAAACAGCCUUGAUGAACGAUAGUGAAUGGUUAAUUCAUCCCCAGUGUAUCACUGAGUUAGGAAAAGAGCUGAAGUGGUCAUUUUUUUCCUUUACCAACAGUGCCCACUAGUGUUAGGAAAACGAUCAGACAACUGCUGCACAAUCAAAUCUCUUGAGCUGUUUUUUGUACUCAAAGAAUCAAAGGUACAGUACUGAUUUUAGAAUUCUGCAUCAGCGUACAACAAUAACAACAAAAAAGGAAAACUUGUUUUUCAUUUAGUGUUUAAUUAUUAAUCAUUUUGUUUACAACAAUGUACACAGAUUGAGAAAGAGUCAACCGUCUCAGGUUAGGGAUCAGACUCAGGCACCAGUUACAGAGUUGAAUUGAUCAUUGGAAACAUUUUUUAUUCAAACAUACGCUACAUCAUAAACAUGUGCCAAAAUAAAAUUAAAACAAAACAAAACAAAAACAUGUUUCAAGCAUCCUGGCAGUUCUGGUAUCUAAUGUAACAUUUCCAUACAUUUGUGGCUAAACAUGUCUACCCCCCUCUCAGUAUUACUGGUAUUUUCUUCAGCAUGAUUGCUUUGUAGGAUCUGAUAUAAAUGAAUGUAAUGUUACUGACUAUUGUUUUAUAAAGCCACUGUAAAAGUUUUUCAAUUGAACAGAUUGAAAUUAAUGUGAUAUUUCUUUAUGACCUAUGAAAGCAAACAGGACUGAAAUGAUUCAGACUGUAACAGCGUUAAGUGGGCAGGUGAUGUAGAUCUUGGUCCACAGGUGCUGUCAAAAUGGACACAGACCAAAAGUUCCUCACAGGAGCUUUAAAGGAAGGACUUUUUUCCCCAUAAGGCAUUAGAGGCCUGACAAACAAGCUGCUGUGUGUUCUAACAUCUCUAAAUAUUAAUCAAAUUAACUGAAAAACAUUUUGUUACAUGUUACCGAUCAAUUUUACAAUGAACUAGAGCAAGAGUUUAAUAUCUGGCAUAGAGUUAAUCAAUACUAAUAAUUAUUUACUGGGUUGAUUGGAAUUAGAAAGACUAAAUUCAGCACCUUUUCUCAUAAUUUUGUAUCCUAUAGUACCAGAACCAGUAGCAGCAUUUGAUCAUCUCUGCAACAUCGUGUAAAUAAGCAAGAAACUACCAGCAUGUUGUGUUGAUCUCUAAUCUGAACUCUACAACUAGACUUUGAACGCCUCAUAUCCUGGUUUUGCAGUCUUGACCAUGAAACGUGACAGACCUAUGAGUGUUAAAGAAAUAAAAAGGAGGACCUCCUUUUAUACCAGAUUUAUGGAGAGUUGAUAUCAAACUAUAAAAAUGGUUAUGGCUUUGAUAACCCUCGUCUGAAUGGAUAGUCUGCGGUGAAUUCCCUUCUAGUCCCUACUUGUUCAAGGAAUUAAUAAACAAUAAAAAUCAGGGCUCCAGACAGAAGAGGUCAAGUGGCA